GUGCCCCCGCGAGACGAGGCUGAGGUGAGAACAGAACACGAUGCCUGCUCCUCUCCGCCAUCAGAGAAACUCCGGCGAACAUGCAGAAUCUGUGGCCAAGGGCCUCUUCCCCCCGCAGGGGGCAGGCCGAAGAGCGAUCCAAGAGGUUCGACCGCCUGAUCUGGGAUGAUGAACAGGAUAUUCCUGGAGGCGCUCAUGGCGCUCUUGUUCUGAGAGGGCAACCUCAUCGCCCCGGAGAAGCGCCCGCCUCGAGUGGUACUGCUGCAGUGGGGAACAUCCCUCGGGCAGCUCCAGAUAGCUCCUCCAGAAAUUGGAACUGUGAGCCACCGAACGAUGAGUCCACCACCUGGACUCCUUCUAUGACAAAGGAUACCACGAUUCAUUAUGAGAUGGACAUUGUGGAGGAUGUUGGAUCUCACCUGGAGGAGUUUUCACAUUUGAAGAGACUGGGCCAUUUCCAUGCAGCGGAACAGUACUUUCAGGACUCACUGAGCGAUUUUAUGGGUUUACCUCCAGUUGCCAUCGAGUACGCAGACAUGCUAGUUGAGCAGGGUGCAUACAAGCGUCUGCACCAUGUCCUAUCACAACACCGUGGACUCCUGGGUUUAAAGGGUAGCUCGAAAAUAUUGCCAUCGUCGCUGUUGCCAGAGAAGAACCCUUCCAGUUUCUUAUAUAGAGCCAACUUGCAGCUCAUACAAGCCUUCUCGAUGAUCCAGUCCCAAGGACUGAUGCAAGAGGCAUACGAGACGGUCCGAUCGUUAGAGCGCCCAAUGCGUUCGCUAAGGCGUCGGCGAAGAACAGAGCCCACUCUGCCCCUGGAUUCAGCCGAAAUUCAAGUCAUCCGGUACGCUCUCAUGAUCCUAUCGCAAGUAGAAUACGAAGCGAACCUGAUCCCAGAACACGAUUUCAACUUCUGGUCCAAUUGGUGCUACUUGUACAAAGUUCUCGUGGCAGAGGGGCGAGUUUGGGAUGCUCGAGACAUAAUAAUAGCUUCGGUCCAGGCGGAAGGACCGGCAAGCGCCUGGAAAUGGAUCUUUGGCGUGGAGCUUGAUUCCCCUGAAGCCUUCUCCAGACUAUUGGCCGACUGGGACCUGCAUCGGUAUGAUGAAUCAACGUACCUCGCCAUCUUGGAUGUUCUAGUAAGCCUGAGUCAUUGUCUCUCCUCAUAUUCGGUCUCAAUACCGGAGAGAAAAGACCUACUCACGGCCCAGCGGUACCUCCAGCAUGCGCAGGCCUUAGCAACCUGUCUCAAGGAGAACAGUGCGCAGAUGGCCAAUUCUCGUCCCUACAUCCAGUGGGUUAUCGCCGAAGCGGAGCUAGAGAGGAAACUCCUCUCCAGCGGCUCUGGCUCUGAUCUGCGGUAUCACCUUGGCAUGUUUCCAGGCCUAACGCUGUGGAGAGGCGCCAUUCCCGUUUAUGUUCCAAUCAAAACGGAGAAUCCGACGUGGGCGGAAUCCAAGGAAAGGGGACCAACCUACGAUCUCCUCGAAACUGCCCUUCAGGCCUCACAGAGCCUAGAGGAUUAUAGGACAGAGGCAUUGUGUUUGAGCGAGCUGAUCUACCGGUCAGUGGAGGUGAGCAAAUGGUUCACCCGGCUAGCCCACCUCCAGAAAUCCAUUCAAGGAGAUAUUCUCGGCUAUCAUCAGACCUCCCUAUCACGAUUUCUCCUUGUCCGUACUGACAAGGACAGCAAGGAUCUUCUGGCAGAAAUACAAAGCAUCCUUGAACUGAGACAUUUUAUUACUCCUAACUAUUCGCUUAGUGGCUGGUGUGCAGUCAUCGUCGAGCGAGCCCUUUCUCACUCCGCUGGACAGGACAUGUAUCGUUCCGAAGAAGAUUUCCGGGCCAUUGUGGGAAGGUUUUUCCCUCAUCUUCCGCAAUACAUCAAAGACCAGCUUGAAUAUCUGGGUCUCGAUAGGAUCUAUAACCCAGUUUCAAAGACAGGAAAGCACCUUGAAUCUGCCAUGCGGCAUCGCAGUGUGAGAAAUUUCCCAAUAGUCAGGAAAACUCGGCUAGACGACUACUCUGAGAGUACGAGCGAUGAGGAAGAUUACGGACCGUCAAACUCGUUGACCCCAGGGAUACAGCGAGCGCGCCAGUUCGCACGAGCGGAAAGUGAGGAUGACGAAAGCACCACCGAAGACAGCUUCGACACGGCCCGAUCGGAGGAUCCCAAGACGCGUGAUAUACAAGAUGAUGAUGCAUCGUCCAUCCAGCGUCCUUCUUAUAGUCCAAUUUCUAGGCGUGUGACAGUUGAAGACAUCGCUGAUAUCGUAUAAGAAAGUUGGCAAGGUUAUAGUUUGCAGGAAAAGUUCAAACAAUUGUAAUAUUCCACGAUAUCAAGUAUGGUUUGCGUGGGCAUAUGAGGUAGAAGUCACCGGAAAGCUGUGUAUGGCGGGGUCCCUUCUAUAGCAAAGGCGCAGUUCAUGGUCAGGGUCGAAUUGUAAUUGCGACUGAUCAUACUCUAUGCUCCAUUAAAUAUAGCAAUAAAGGCAAUGGAACUUACCAUGAGCUACCC